AUGAUGCACCCAUCGCGACAGGCUUAUGUCGAGGAGACGGAAGACACAGACAUGGGGGGCAUCAGCUAUGCCGAUCUUCCUAUGGACCAAGACUACGAUAUGCCCUCUACCGCAGGGGGUAUCCCAACCGAGCGGGCCUCCGCCAUUCUAUCGCAAUUCGAACGAAAACGGAGAGCAGCAGCGAUGGUGGUUCCAACGGAUGACACACGAGUACGCGCACGACUACGAGAGCUUGGGGAGCCCAUCACGCUAUUCGGCGAAGGGCCAUCAGAGCGACGCGAUCGUCUACGUGAACUGUUGACCGACAUGGCGGAGCAACAAGGCGGAGUCGAGGUAGAAAUGGAAGAAGCCGAGGAAGAAGGGGAACAACAAGAAGAGUUCUUCACCGAUGGCGGGCAAGAUUUAUUCGAGGCACGGAAAGAUAUUGCGCGCUAUUCUUUGCCGCGCGCAAAGGCUCGAGUGGCCCGGCUCAAGGACGAAUCAACAAUUACACUUCGGACGCAUGUCAAGCAUCGCAAAGCCGUCAAGGAGAAGCUACAAGGAUUUGAUCUUUACGGGUCUCAGAUUGCUGGCGAUCGUCCGGUUAGCAUUUGUCGAUUCGCGCCGGAUGGGCAGACAAUUGCUGCUGGAAACUGGAGCGGUGGGAUCAAAUUGCUCAGCGUGCCCAACCUGGAAGAAAAAGCGAGUUUCAAGGCGCAUACAGAUCGAGUGGGCGGCUUGUCAUGGUUCCCCGGUGCCACUCUACCCAGCUCGAAUGUCUCUCCCUCAACUGUCAAUUUGAUCUCCGGAGGCGGCGAAGGAAAUCUCAACCUCUGGGCUCUUGAUCAAGAAAAGCCGCUGGCUACGUUAUCUGGUCACUCGGGGCGUGUAUGCCGUACCGAGUUCCACCCUUCGGGUCGAUAUGCAGCAUCGGCAUCCUUCGACAGCUCAUGGCGGCUAUGGGAUAUUGAAACAGCAACAGAGCUGCUCCUGCAAGAAGGCCAUUCGCGAGAGGUCUAUACAGUGGCGUUCAACAACGAUGGCUCUCUCGUGGCUAGUGGUGGAUUCGACAGCAUCGGACGUAUCUGGGAUCUGCGGACGGGGCGCAACGUGAUGAUCCUCGACGGUCACAUUCGCGAGAUCUACGGUAUGGACUGGGGCGUUGAUGGCCACCGGGUGCUGUCUGGUUCCGGUGAUGGCUGGGUCAAAUGCUGGGACUUGCGACAGAUGAAGGAGACGGGCGGGAUUGGUGCCCAUAAGAGUGUGGUAUCGGAUCUCCGCUGGUACAAGGGUGCAGAGGCUGCGUCAUUCUUGCCUUCUACGGAUGGCGGGAUGGAUAUUGAUGGUGCUCCACCAGCUGCUGCCGAUAAAGCAGCGGAAGCGCCCUCGCCCAAGAAAUCAGGCACAUUCUUUGUGAGCAGUGGAUUUGAUAAGAGUGUCAACAUCUUUAGUGCGGAUGACUGGUCCCUCGUGAAGUCGCUGAGCGGCCACUCGGGCAACGUUCUCAGCACGGAUAUCAGUGACGAUGCAAAGUGGAUUGCUAGCUGCGGUCACGAUCGUACGGUGAAGCUUUGGGGGAUUGAAUGA